CCAAUUUUAGUUCUGCGCAGGCUCCUGGAUUACCGUCGCUAUGGCAACCUGGUAGCGGGACACUGAAGAUGAAGCCCAAGGAGUCUAUGCAAGGAUCGCGGUCGCGAGCUUUAGAGGUAGAGCCGAACUCCGAAGGACUAACGACUGCCGCGGAGCCGUUUACGUCUUCGGAUGUCGGAUCUAGGCCUGCCCUAACAGCUGCAACCACAGCAGCUGCAGCCGCUUCCACCAACAAAGCAGGUCUCAUAUGUUCAGAGACCCUAGAGCCCCAUUCUGGGUUCACGGAGCCUUCCUCUGACAAUCUUGGGGCAAAAUGUGCAGGAUCCCUCCAGACAGGCCUUGAGAGCCCUGACUGUGAGCCUGCCCAUGUUUCCUGUAUUGCUCUGGAUCCCUGUACUCAAACCGACCUUGGCUCAAGCUCUGGCCCUGCUCCUACCUCCAGCUGUGGUCCUGGCAGUGGCUCUAUCCCUGGCUCUGGCUCAGGGCUUGGCCAUGGUUCUGGUCGAGGCUUCCAUCUUGCCUCUGGACCUUGCCCCAAGAUUAGCCCCUGCACCCCUCAAAGGUUCAAAAAUCUCAGGCCAGAUCUUUUCCCUGAUAAUACCUCCUGGAAUCCCCACUGCUACUGGGCACCUCAGAAACCACCAAACUGGGAAUUUCUGCAAGUCUCAGAACCUGGUGCCCGAGGGCUGUGGAAACCCCAAGAGGUUGAAGGAAAGCCUCAGUUUCACUGCAGAAGACCAUUAGCACGGGGCCAGUGCCUCCUCUACAACUGGGAGGAAGAGAGAGCCACCAAUCACCUGGAUCAAGUCCCAAGCUCAAAAGAUGGCUCUGAGAGUUUCUUCUUCCGACAUGGGCACCAGGGGCUGCUGACCAUACUACAGUCACCUGUGCUCUCUGCCACCACCCAGAAAGACUCAUACCAACCACCAAGAAACUUCUGUCAGCCUCUUCGAGGGAAGCGUGAAGCUGUACUGGAGAUGCUCCUGUACCACCAGAUCUGUAAAGAGCUACAGGAAGAGCAAGAAACCCCAAGGAAGCUCUUUGAGGUCGAGUCAGUGACACAUCAUGACUACAGAGUAGAGCUGAUGCGAGCAGGGCCUCCUGCCCCAACAAAGCCUCACGACUACCGUCAGGAGCAACCUGAAACCUUCUGGAUACAAAGGGCAGGACAGCUACCGGGUGUCAGUUACAUCAGGACACUGGACACACCAUUCCGGAAGAACAGCAGCUUCUCGACACCAGUACCCUUGUCUCUGGGACAGCCUUUGCCCUAUGAAUCUGACAGCUACCCCCACCAAAUGGGCGAUAUGUCUUCCCUUGCCUGUCAGGGAGGAAGGCAUUGAUAAGGAAGAAUGGCUGCUGUCUAUCAGUUGAGGUAAAACAGGAUAUGGAAUUUGGAAUCUAUUUCUGUUUCUAGUAGAGAAGUGGGUGGGAAGGAAGUUAAUUUUCUCUGUACUUGAUGGAAGGGCUUUACAUAAACGGUUCUCCCUCAUCC